CAGCAUUUGAAAGUUGUUCAUUUCUUCCAUCUCAUUCCUAUUCCUCUUUUCCUUCUUUUCUCAUCUUCACCACCACUCUCCUUGCUCCCACUUGUUGCAUCGUCUAGAUAUCAUCCCGUUCUUGUUUCUUUACUGUAGAGACAUAGCCAGACACGCCUUGGCUCUCUACCUCGACACCUCCCUCUUGCAGUCAUCUCUGGUUUCUCAUCAGCUAUCAUGACCGGAAAGACCCAUACCCCUGAGGCAAGAGCCACCAAGGAUCAUCAUCCUCACGAUAACAGCACGCAUGGUCGCAGGAACAGUCACCAUCGCCAUCAUCGCACUCAUCAUCAUGAUGAUCUUGAUACCAUUGCAUUGGAUUCUCGCUAUCAGAAUUCAGCUCUGCGUCGCUUUCUGCACACAUUGGCCUCAGUUACCACUAUGCAUCCUAUCGAAUCCAUAUCUCUCUGUUUAGUCCUAGCCUCAUUUGCAUACUUUACUCUCUUCAAUACCAUCCGCCAUUCUACCUUUUUUGACAUCAAUAAUGUAGUAGUUUAUCAGCCUGCUACUGUCAUUGCUAAACCUGGCAUGGACAGCUUCAUGCCCUUUGACAAACGUUCCAACAAAAUCCCUAGAAAUGCACAACAAUUACAACUGAAUCAGGUUUUGAUUACUGCCGAUCCUUCCGUUUCUGCGUCCUGGACUACCGCCGAGUGUAACGAUGGUUGCUCAAAUAAUGCGAUGAAGAAAUCUCUACUUACUUCUGUUCUUCAGCUGCAAAAUCUGAUCGAAGAUCAGGUCUUAGUCUCACCUAUUCACCUCUGGGAUAAAGAUAUGCAGAGCUUUAUCAAAGAUGGUGAGGUGCUCACUACUGUCACUGAAAACAUGGAUACUAUCGACUAUCUCUUCAAGGAAAUUCGUUCCACUAUCGUACCUGGAUCCAUCAAUGAUAGUACCUCGACCCUUGCAUCUGUGCGCACCCCUACCCCAGCCUUGGUGCUAUCAUAUGCGUUUGAUGCUAAUGGUCCAUUCCAGUCCAGAUUGGCACAGGCUUGGGAGUCUAAGGUUGCCCAUCUGCACACACCUACCAUGAAGUCACAGUCUAGGAUUCUUCAGGACGAACAAUCGGCUCUGGCUUGGAUUGCCGUUGCGCUGCUCGAUGUCACUCGGAAGAUCCAGGGCUUAGUGCAGAAAGCAAGUACAAUCGACGUUUUUGUUAUCCUGACAGCCUACUUCAUCAUGUUUUGCUCUUUUGGUCUGCUCUUCCACAAUUUACGCAGACUUGGCUCCAAGUUCACGCUCGGUGUUUCCGUGCUUGUCGGCGGCGGAUUUGCAUUCAUGGGUGCUGUUAUUACCGUCCACAAUCUUGGUAUUUAUGUUAAUCCAAUCCAGCUCUCUGAAGCCAUCCCCUUCUUCAUCAUCACUGUUGGGUAUGAACGUGCCUACACACUUUCCAAAGCCAUUCUUCGCCCUAAAAUUGCUACAGACCAUGUCCCAGAGUCCAUCCAAAAGCAUGUUGUUUCUGCAAUCGAGUCUGUCGGUCCCAUAUUGAUCCGUAACUGUGCCAUCGAAAUUGCAGUUUUGCUCUGCGGUUUUCUCUCGGGCAUCCCUGGACUCAGGGAGUUUUGCUUGCUCGCCGCCUUUAUGCUCUUCUAUGAUCUGUGCCUUCUCUUCACUUUUUACACCGCCAUUCUUACCCUUAAGCUGGAGCUGCGUAGGAUCCGUGAGAGCAGCAAGUCGCCUGCAUAUUUCAGAGAGCUAACGUUGAUAGCCUUGCUCGGACACAGCGCUGAGACGGCUGAGAAACAAAGUCCCGCCUCAGGGGUCCAUUCUACCAAGCCAGAAACACGCAUUGUGGCCAGGAUGAAGCUCGCUAUGAUUGUUGGAUUUGUUGCUAUGCAUCUUUUCAAUGUUUGUACCACUUUGACAACCCCUAUUACUGUAGACGCGUCUUUUGGUUCUUCUGUCGAUGUCUCCAGCCCCACGGUUGCCCCUGUCCUUGAUAGCCUUUUAGCAGUGCAUCGUGCAUCAAACCUUAAGGAUCUACCCAUGAUUGUCGAGGUCGCUCCUGCGCUUACUUUCCAGUACCAGACUCCUAUUGCCAGCACUGCUACCCAAUGGACUGAACAUCCUGUUGAAAAAAUGAUAGAUCUUUGGUCUUACUUGAUUCAGGAUCCAGUGCUAUCCAAAUACAUCUCGCUGACCCUGGCUGCUUCACUGUUGCUCAACAUUUUUUUGCUCAACGUCGCUAAGCAGUCUCGCCAAGGUCUUGCCGCACCUCCAUCUCAGACCCAGAUCUCCUCUUCUGCCUCUGCAACAGGUCCUUCAACCACCACUGUGACAACUGUAGUGGCGACGACGACUAAGAUUGCCGCCACGUCUCAGCAAAAGGUGCCUGCCAAGGUCCAGCCUACACAUAUUCCAAAAGUCGAGUCCCUUCCAGAGCCUCAGCCAGCCUAUACUGACUCGGAUUGCAAUAAGGAAAAUUGGGCCUUGGUUCGUCCAAUUGAAGAGUGCCUGGCAUUGGUUAAGACUCCUGGCGGUGCAACCUCUGUAACGGAUGAAGAGAUGGUGAUGCUUGUCAAUAGCAACAAGGUUCCGUCAUAUGCCCUGGAAAAGACUCUUGGUGACCUGACUCGCGCAGUCAAGAUUCGUCGUGCUCUCAUCUCGCGUGCAUCCCACACCAAGACUCUGGAGACCUCACUCUUGCCCAUGCAUCAUUAUGACUACUCUAAGAUUAUCGGUCAGUGUUGCGAAAACGUGAUCGGAUACAUGCCUUUGCCAGUUGGUGUUGCAGGGCCUUAUAAUGUAGACGGAGAGAUGCUUUAUUUACCGAUGGCAACAACAGAAGGGACAUUGGUGGCUUCGACCUCUCGUGGAUGUAAGGCUAUUAAUGCUGGUGGUGGAGCAACUACCGUUUUGUUAGCAGAUGGCAUGACUCGUGGGCCUUGUGUUGAAUUCCAAAACGUAACUGAGGCUGGUGCCUGUAAGAGGUGGCUGGAUACGGAAGCAGGCUUCGAGGCCAUGCAGGAGGCAUUCAACUCGACUACACGCUUUGGACGUCUGCGUAAGCUCAAAGUGGCCGUUGCAGGUCGCCUAGUCUAUAUUCGAUUCUCAACAACAACAGGAGAUGCUAUGGGUAUGAAUAUGAUCUCCAAGGGAUGUGAGCGUGCUUUGGAGGCCUUAGGUGAAAAGUUCCCCUCCAUGAUGGUUAUUUCUCUUUCAGGAAACUACUGCACAGACAAGAAGCCCGCGGCGAUCAACUGGAUUGAAGGUCGUGGAAAGUCUGUUGUAGCUGAAGCAGUGAUUCCUGGCAAGGUUGUCGAAUCUGUGCUCAAGACGACGGUCCAUGCUUUGGUUGAGCUAAAUACUAGUAAGAAUUUGAUUGGAUCAGCCAUGGCAGGCGCUAUGGGGGGUUUCAACGCACAUGCCGCCAAUAUCCUGACUGCCAUAUACUUGGCCACUGGUCAGGAUCCAGCUCAGAAUGUCGAAUCUUCGAAUUGUAUCACACUCAUGAAAGCUGUCAACGAUGGUCAGGACUUGUUGAUCAGCUGCACCAUGCCAUCGAUCGAAGUUGGUACUCUGGGUGGUGGAACUGCUUUACCCCCACAGGCCGCCAUGCUGGAGAUGUUAGGAGUUCGCGGAUCUCAUCCUGAGGUCCCUGGUGCUAAUGCCCAGCGUCUAGCACGUAUUAUUUGUGCUGGUGUCAUGGCUGGUGAACUGUCGCUUUGUGCUGCUCUUGCUGCUGGGCACUUAGUCAAGGCCCACAUGGCUCAUAACCGUGCUCAGCCCGCGCAAACUGCCAUCACUGCAGCUCCCACUACAACCGCUACGACCACGUUGACAGUUGCCUCGUCCUCGUCCGUAGCACUCACAUCAUUAUCAACAGCAUCACCAUCAUCAUAAGCAUCUGCAGGAAUCAUAGAGAAAUCCUACAGCAAACCAAAAGUAUCUACAUUUUCUCCUAGACAAACACCCCUCUCAUUUCUGUUUUUAUUAUUUUAAACAAUCAUUAAAUGUUAUAUUGACGACAAACAGUCUACUUGACAAUGCAGAUUCCUGUUUAUCUGAAUACACGGUCUAAUUGUUGCUAUGAAUUCCGAUUUGGGCCUUAUUUUCUUUACAUAAUUGUCUAAUGCUACAACUACAAAUUACCACAAGACACCAAAAAAAGAAAACCUGC